AUGGACACGAUCAAAAUCCCAUCUCCCUCUACGAUUCUAGACUCGCCCGACCCCCUCCCGGUGUCCACGCGGGGAAAGCCUGCUUCGCCUCCGAAACGGACGAAGCAGAUUACCACCGCCUCCAACAAGCCCAAGCAGACCAAGAGUCGCAAUGGUUGCAUCACCUGCAAGGCAAAGCGGUUAAAGUGCGACGAGACCAAACCGACUUGUCACCAGUGCCAUCGGCGAAAGGUUCCCUGUGGCGGAUACAAGAAGGAUUUCAAAUGGCGGCCCUUCGAGGAGACCAACGUGGCGGUUGGACGACCGACCGUGACCAAGGGUAAGAAAGGUAUCGGAUGGAAUGAUGCGAACACUGCUUCCCAACAUCCCGUUUCGGUCGCAGAUCCGGAAACCUUUCCCACACCCCCGACGACCGAUCAACCAGCCUCGCCCAUUAUUCCACAGUCUAUUGUCUUCAACAAUUCACCACCAGAAUCAUCCUUGCAUAGCUCACCUCGAAGUAUCAAGAGCUACUUGUCUGCAGAUGCCCAUUCAGUAGAUGAGUUUGGUACUCUCAAAGAUGAAGGAUCCACGGGCGAGGAGAACACCCCGAUUGGCGGUGUCUCGAUGCCGGUAGACUCUGAUCCAUUGGACUUUCUUUCUUUUCUGGAACCGUUUCAACACUCGGUGCCCUUCACGGAUGACUUGGCGCCGGACCAAGGCAUGAACCGCUCGGGACCAAUCCUCUUUGACCCUCAAGAAUUUCAACCUGCACCUGGCACUGGAAAUGACGAGCUCAGUUUCUCCCGGCUGCUGGAGGAUGACAGUGAGGAUAUUGAGGAGAUUAUCCGACAGUCUGACCCCGGUGCAGGACCUUGGAGCAUGGGCUUCUCUGACAGUCCCUUUAAUCUGUCACGACUCCCCGACCAGCCUACCCUGGCACCGGGAAGUCAAGAAAUGCUGACAAUGCGGUUCGAUAAACUGACUUGUGGUAUUCUAUCUAUCAAAGAUGGUAUGAUGGAAAAUCCAUGGCGAACUCUUAUCUGGCCGCUCGCAAAGAGCACCCCCGCUUUACACCAUGCUAUCCUCUCCUUAUCUGCCUUUCACGCUGCCAAGGAGAACCCGUCAAUGCGCGUCCAAGGUGUAAAGCACAUGCGACAGAGCAUCGUUUGUCUGAGGCAGCAGAUCCAGAGUAUGAGAGCGGAUACGGCGCUGGCAACUAGCCUCGCUUUGGCAUUUGCUGAUACUUGGGAUCAGAACACUCGCACGUGCAUCCAGCAUUUGCGAGGUGCCAAAGCCUUGAUGUUGCAGGUUCUGAAUGCUGGUCUCCAGGGUGGUCUCCAACCAGAAGAGCUGGAUCGCAUCCGAUUUCUAUAUAAUACGUGGACCUACAUGGAUGUUAUUGCGCGAUUGACGUCGCUCGAUGAGUCCGGUCCUCAGGAUUUGAACCCUUCUAUCUUCCAGUUACCAACUGACGCAGUGCAUGAGAUUGACCCGUUGAUGGGGUGUGCCGCUACGCUAUUCCCGCUGAUUGGCAAGGUUGGAAGGCUAGUCCAACGAAUUCGAAAGACCUCCACAAACUCGGUAUCCAUCGUCUCUCAAGCUAUGGAGCUCAAGGCUCUUCUGGAGCAGUGGGAGCCUCCACUUUGGUUCGAACCACCAGAGGAUCCUACAUCGGAAGUGCAGCACAGCAUCCAAAUGGCGCAUGCAUAUCGCUGGGCAACCCUGCUGUAUCUGCAUCAAGCAGUCCCAGAGUUGCCAUCUGAGCCGGCUGAAGAACUUGCCAAGCGUGUUUUGAUCUUGUUGGCUACCGUGCCGCCUACCUCGCGCACUACCAUUAUCCAGAUGUUCCCUCUCCUAGCUGCCGGUGCCGAGGUGGACUCGGAUGAUGACCGCAAGUGGGUUCUGGAACGAUGGGCAGUUGUCCAGUCGCGCCUUAUGAUUGGCGGUGUCGAUCGCUGCCUGGAUGUUAUUCGAGAGGUAUGGGCUCGGCGGGAUAAGCUCAAGGCUGAACAGCGGGAGCAGCAACAGCAAGAGAUGUUUGCUUCUCGGCGAGCUGGCUCUUUUUCAAGCGAGAACAAGGGCAAGAUCACUUCUCCGUUGCAACGAUCAGCCAAUAAUGGGAGAAGCUUCCAUGGGCGCGUCAAUUCGGGUGAUCACUCUGAUAGAUCCAUGCGAAGACAGUCGGUAUCUACUGCAAGUAAGACCGGUCAGUCAAGGAGGGGAUCUGCUCUCUCGUCACUGGAGAACAUUGAGUUCGAGAGGACUAUUCGAAGCAGAUUGCAUUGGGUUAAUAUCAUGGGAGAAUGGGGAUGGGAA